AUGAUCAGCCCCACCAGGGGCGGUCGCAGGACUAAUCAAGCCAAUUACGUUAUUAAACGGUUGGCCGAAUUCAGUUCGACCGAGGUCGAGAUUAUUGUGGCAAGCUUCAACACUGACCACAACACCAAACCGCGUAAGCACUACCCAAACAGUUGGAUCAGUGCAGUAACCACUCGGAUUGAACAGGGCAGUCUCUCGGCGGCCGUCAGACUUGCUUGUUCGCCCGCAGGCCUGGCGGAGAGCUCGCCUGAGACACUCGCUAAACUCAAAGCUAUUCAUCCCAGUGCUCCAUUGAACAGGCGAGCUUUCCCCGCGCAGGAGCCGUCCAAUGGUCGCGUUUCACCAGCCCAGGUGUUGACGGCUUUAAAGUCGUUUAAUAAUGGUUCAUCGGGAGGCCUUAAUGGCUUGAGGCCUCAGCACAUAAAGAAUUUACUUUCCGGUCCGACGCCCACCGAUGAAUUGUUAAAUAACCUCACCCG